UUUAUGCUACUGUUUAGUGCGGAAGUGUGUAUGCGGGUCAACCUGGGACUGUGGACGGGUUUUCAGCUGGAAGCUAUGACGACAGCAGCCAGUUGAGUAGGUAGUAUGGAAGUUAAGGCAGAGGUUAUAUCGUCUUUACGGAAACACGACACUGGAGACGAGUUUUCGCAUGUGUCCUCCCUUCCGAAAGCGUCAGUCCUGAUUCCCCUUUUCCUGAGGGAGGGUCGAGUUCAUGUGCUGCUGACUGUGCGCUCUGCUGAACUCAAACACAACCCCGGAGAGGUGUGUUUUCCGGGGGGAAAAUCCGAUCCGAGCGAUCGGGAUGAAAUUGACACAGCGCUGAGGGAGGCAUUGGAGGAGAUCAGCCUUCCUCCCGAUGGAGUAGAAGUGGUUUGCAGACUCUGUCCACUGUUGAAUCAGAGAGGCCUUCUGGUGACCCCAGUGGUGGCUUUCAUCAGCGACUCCUUCCAAGCGAGCCCAAACCCAGACGAAGUGAGCGAGGUGUUCUCUGUGCCUGUCGAGUUCUUCUUGAAGGGGACUGAUCACUCGGCUUACCCUGUACCCAACAUAGGUGCAUAUACACACAGUUUCAUCUACACUGACCCUGUCACAGGCAAGAUCCACCAGAUCUGGGGACUAACAGCCUUUCUGCUCAUACUACUGGCUGUUCUUACUUUUAAAAAGAAGCCGGAGUUUGAAGUGGGCUUUGAUUUGGAGAAUCCGCUUGCUAGCUUUCAGCAAUACCUUCAACACAGGUUAAGCAAGUUAUGACUAAUUUCAUUCAUAGUAUGAGGUGUUUGUGGCUUAUUCCUAAAAUGGGAAUAGGAAACUAUGUUUUCCUGGGAAUAAUUUUAUUUUUAAUAAAUUCAUUCAUUCACCUUCAGCACUUGCAUUAGUCUGGUCAGGGUUGUGGUCGAUCUUGAGUUUAUCCCAGGAACUUUGGAAAUGGUGCAUGAACACAUUCAUACGCAUUCACAUCUAGGGCAAUGUAGCAUAGCCAGUCCAUCCACAUGCAGGUUUUGGGGAGGUGAGAGGAAACCAGAGAACCUGAAGAAACCCACAUGGACAUAGAGAGAGAUGACGAGAGAGAGACAUGCAUGUAGACAGUAAUCCAAAAUCAAGAUCAAACCUUGGACCCUGGAGCUGUGAGGCGACAGUGAUUAUUAUUAAAACCUUACUUGAUAGUAGUAGGUAUGGAAUGAACCAUGAUAAUGUGAAAUAAAACUACAUGCCAAGCCCUGUAGCCCAGUGAUGCAAAUUUAUUGUAAAUCAUAUUCUCAUAGUGGACUGUGUCUGCUAAUCGAAUUUUGUGAUAUUAUGUGAAAUAAAAUAAAAAGUGUGAUCUCAUGUCUCAUCA